AGAGCACUCUUAAUUGUUGAAAUAUUAAAUGAAUGCACUUUGAUCCUAGUACUCUGCGGGCAAGAUGGACGCGACGCAACUCACUGAGCUGAUGGGCAGUCAUGAUUUCAUGCAGCUGCAGCAGCAGUUGCAGCACAACAACAACAACUACAACACCGAUGGCCACAAUGGACUAUCGCCGGAAUCGGUGGAGCGCAGCUCGCGGCCCGUGCGACGCGCGACGCGACGCACCUCACAGCUAAGCAAUAACACCUACGACCUGGAGAUGACCGACUCCAGUUCGCAGAGCGACGACACCAGCGGCGGCGGCGGCAGCAGCAACGGCGGCGGCAGCAGCACCAACAACAACAGCAACCAGCUGGGCUGCGCCCAGGGCGGGCAGCGGCCAUCGAGUCGCGGGCGGCAGCAGAACGCCACCGCCGGCGCCAGCCUGACGCCCAACAGCGGCGCUAACAACAACAACAACAACAAUCGCAGGCGAAAGGGGGCGCUGAAUGCGAAGGAGCGAAAUCUGCGCCGCUUGGAGUCGAACGAGCGGGAGCGCAUGCGCAUGCACAGCCUGAACGAUGCGUUUCAGUCGCUGCGCGAGGUCAUUCCCCAUGUGGAGAUGGAGCGUCGCCUGUCCAAGAUUGAGACACUCACGCUGGCCAAGAAUUACAUUAUCAAUCUGACGCACAUUAUACUCUCCAAGCGCAACGAGGAGGCCGCCGCCAUGGAGCUAAAUGCAGGCGCCGUAGGCGGUGUCCUCCUUACCGGCCUGACGGCCGAGCCAAAUGGCAAUAAUGGCGGUGCUGCGACCAAUGGCGCCACCAAUGGACUGUGCUUCGAGGAUGCCCUGGCCAGCGGUGGUGCCUAUGACUGUGCGCUGCUCGCUGCCAGCGAUGGCAGCUUAUUGAGUGCGGCAACUGUUGCUGCCACGCCCACAAUGCAAACACUGCAGCCGCCGCCGGCGAUGCACAUGCAUGCACAGUCUCAAGUGGAUCAGCAGGCGCAACAGCAUCUGCCACAUCAUCAUCAUCCACAACAGCAGCAGCAGCAGCAGCAGCAGCAGCCGCACGCCCAACAGCAACUGUUGCAUGCUCACGCGCAUUUGGGCGCCAACAUGUUGCUGCCACAACAGCAACAGCAGCAGCAGCAACAGCAGCAGCAGCAACAGCAGCAACAGCAACAGCCGCAGCAGCAACAGCCAACUCUCAUACUCAAUGGCGGCACCACAUUAACGGUGGGUGGUGUCGCUGUCGCUGUUGGCGGUGCGGCGGGCGGCGGCGUUUUUCCGGAUGUCAAUGAUAAUUUCGAUGAGCCCUUUCGAGAGUUUCUGUAAGCAUCGAUUGGGCUUCUACUGAUGGUCUGUGGUAAAGUGAAUAUAAGUACACAAAUAGAAUUUAUAGCACAUGCCGAGUUAGAGUGGAAAAUAUAACUAGAGCAUAAUAUUUCAAUGUCCUGAUCAGAACUUCCACAAUAAGAGAAAACCAAACCAAACAAAACAAAAACCAAAAAUUAAUUAAUUAGAAUAAACGCUCAUAAAUCUAAGUGAAUUUCAAAGUUAUCUAAACUCUACCAAACAGCUUUGCUUCAACGCAGCAUAAAUGGGAAAACCCAUUUUCUCAAGUUACAGUCAAUGUUAGCAUGCACUUUAACCUGCUGUCAGCAAAUGUUUUUCCAUUUGUUAAAAUGAAAAUUCACUUUGAAAUGUAACCUGACUGUCAAAAUCUAAAAAGUCAACUUUUUAAUUAUUUCUGUUCAAUUUAGCAUUUUCUAAUUAACUAUUUCCACAAUUUACCAGGCUUUUGUCAAGAGUUGCCAUCUUUGCUUUGCACAUCUGGCAACACUGCACUCUUAGAAAAUUCCAUACAGUGUUUGCAAAUUAACUUCGUCUUCAGUUACUUUUUUGCAAAAAUAUUUAACUUCAAUGCAAAAAUUAAAACCGAAUAGAGCUUGAAAAUGAUUU